UAACAACAUGAUGAGACACCCUUCUCCGAAUUGUUAUGACAAAACUUCUAAUCUAGGAUUUCUAACCCGAACUCUGUUCAGAUGCGCUUCGGCUAUCACAUCUCCACCGAGAUCACGAGGACAAACGUGUUGGCAGCCCUCUCCUUAAGCUCUGGUUCAUCUUCUGGACAUCACGAUCUGUUUGGCGUUGAAGAUCUCCUCCUUCAUGUAGAUCGUGACCUUCUUCACGCACGGGAAGCUCCGGGAUGCGACGGGAAUGCUCUACAUCAGCAUAUAUUCUUUGUUUUCUCUCUCAAUCGCUCCCAAUUAGCCAACACCAUGGAACUAACACCUCUCACCGCCGGAUUUCUCACCGACAUCGCCCCUACUUUCAAGGCCCUCCUCGUCUAUAUAGAGCAUAGGUUUUAUGGGGAAUCGAUUCCAAUGGGGAAAAUGGAAGAUGCGAUGAGAAACAAGACAACCCGUGGGUUUUUCAAUUCAGGUCAAGCCUUAGCGGAUUAUGCUCAAGUUUUGCUACACAUUAAGAAACAAUUCAACGCCACAAAAUCUCCCAUUGUUGUGAUUGGAGGCUCUUAUGGUGGAAUGCUGGCAGCUUGGUUUAGAAUGAAGUAUCCGCAUGUUGCAAUGGGUGCGUUAGCUUCUUCAGCUCCCAUUCUCUACUUUGACAACAUUACACCACAAGAUGGUUACUAUUCCAUUGUCACCAAUGAUUUCAAGGGAUUUAAAGUCGUCGGAGCUAAAGAAUUACUUGCAAAUAAUGUAUGCCGGGGCCGCUCAAUACAACGCGCCACCAAAGUAUCCGGUGACAAUGGAUCUCAUUGUUUGGACUUGCUAGGGGCACGCAAAACAGAUCCGGAUUGGUUAACUCAGCAACGAGAAAGGGAAGUUAAGAUCAUACAAAGUUGGAUACAAAAGGUCGUGCAUGCAUCUCCUGCUGCCCUCUCUCUAACUCUAAUUUCGCCAUCGCUCUCUGCUUUCCAUGCACACCAUUUCCCUUCCGGACAAUUUGCGCUUUACGAAAGACCCGCCGCCAUACCGUCGUUUACUUGCUUUGACCCUUCAGAGCGUGCUUAGUAUUUCGCCACGAGAGGUUGAAUUCCUGGCGAGGCUUUGCUAGCCGUUCGACAGGUUGAGCAGGGCGAGCUGUGUAGUAAUCUUUGGGUUUUGGACUGAUCUGGGAGCUUUUUGGGUUCUUGGAGCGUUGAUGGAGUCUUUCUCCUGUUCAAAGGUUUGAUUUUUCUGGGAGAAUGGCGUCAAAGUUUUGCAUGAACGAGCACUGCCGCACCACGACGUCGUCUGACUGGAAAAAAGGCUGGGGCUUGAAAUCCGGUGGAUUUGCUACUCUCUGUUACACCUGCGGGUA